CUUAUAGCUUAUUUUGGUGGAAUAUAUUCCCCAGUAUUUAAUUCCACAGAGAUCAGAAAUCUUCACUUUUAAAUUUGGUUCCAAAGACAUAUGAUCUACUCGGUUAUUUAUGAAAUUUAGUUCAAUUUUGGGUUUCAGUUUUUCAGUUUAGCACGAUUCGGUUCGCGGUUCCGGAUAAAUGUUGUCAAACCUAACCACUAUCUUAUACAGAAUUUAUUAAAAAAAUAUAUUUAAUCUUAAAAAUAAAUCCAUGUUUAGAAAGCAUGAUUCAAAAUCUAAUAUCUAGAUUAUAGUCUGUGUACAAUAUAUUUUGUUUUCAGUUUUUUUUAAUGAACUUUUAACAUUCUAUAUCAUCUUUUAUAAUUUUUGCAUCUAAUAGCUUAAUACACAUUCAAUUUUAUAGUCUACAAUAUUUUUAAUAAAAUUCAACAUUUCACUAUUCUAUUUUUAUUUCAUAUUUUUUACAUAUAUUUUGUAAUUGCAUAUUAAUGACAAUUAUUGAUUAUAAAAAUUUGUUUAUGUCUAAAUAAAAUAGAAUAAACAUCUACUUACAAAAUAUAAAUAAUAAAUUUUGAAACUAAAAAUAUAAGUUUACUUUUAUUAUAAAAUAAUUAAUCUUGAAUAAUUAAAUUAACUAAUAUUUUUAAUCAAUUUUAAAGAUUUUAAUAACUAAUGUAUACAUCAAAUUACUCAAUGGAAAUUAACAUAUUCGUGGGUCAGCUUUUUGUCGUUUUAGAGUUUGCCAUAUGACGUUGUUGGUCCCAACUUUUUUAUUCAGCAGAUUAAACAAAAAAAAAUUGACAAUAGAUUAUUGACAAUAGAUUAAACAAAUUUAGUUGUUCGAAAAAAAGAUUAAACAAAUUUAACUGUGUUUUUCUUAGAAUUUAACUAUAUCCAAGUUGUUUUUAUAUAUUUCAAUAUCUUUAUUGUAUGAGUUCAACAAUUUAUCCAAAACAUCCGUUGUAAAUGGUUUGAUAAGAGAACAAUGAAUUAAUAUUGUAAUGUAACACCAAAAAUAGAUAUUGCUUACGCAUUUUCGUGAAGUAUAAAAUGUACUUUUCCAAAUUCAAGCAAGUGCAGAUGUAUCCACUCAAGGAUGCAUCCAUACAAAAAUACUAAUUAAUAUAGAUGCUUCUAUUUUUCUGUUAGUAAAGAAACGUCAAUUUUUCAGUAAGUGCAUUGCAUUCAGAAAAAUAUAUGAUAUUUGCUUAUUUGGAGAUUUUCAUUGUUAUUAGAAAAUUAGCAAUUGUAUUUAUAUAUUUCUUGUUACGUUUUUUAUUAUACUUCUAAUUUUGUGAUUUUAUGUUUAAAUGGCGUGUUUAUAAUUAAUAUCACUAACAACUUUUAUCAAACAUCUUAUACAAACUGUAAGAAAAAGUUAAUUAAUUAUUGUAAAGACACUCAAGAAUCAAUAUCAUCAGUCUUGCACCAAAUUCUGGCAAAAGAUCUAUCAUUUUCUAAAAGCACAAACAUGAUCAGUAGGCUGAGCAAGACUUGAUGAAAAAUGUAGAUAUGUUUUCAAAGGAAACGUUGUUAUUUAAAAUAACUUAUUUCAUAAUUUUGCUUAAAACACUAAAGGAAAGAUCAUAUGUUACUCACCUUAAAUAUCAGUAAGAUAAGAAAUAUUAAAUAAGAUUUGUCAUCUACUUAAAACACUAAAGGAAAGAUCAUAUAUAUAUGGCUUUACUAAAAUCUCAUAUAUAAGAUUUUAAUUUUUUGAAAAUAUAUACUAAUUCUGAUGAUUAUAUACAAACAUGUAAUAAAUAGGUGGUGAUUUCUUUACACCAAAAAAAAAAAAAGAUAAAGUCAGAAUAGCUAAUGUAAGGAAAAUGAUUCCAUCUUCUUUUCAAAUAGUUACGUUAUCCCAUUGAUAUACAAUACAUUUCACCUCCGAGUUAUUAUCAUCCUCUAAAACUAACAAAAACAUUGUACAUAACACACUAUUCACCUCUCUCUUGCUCUUGUGUCGUUGUGCUAUUUAUUUGAGCUCUCGUACUCUAAGUUAUUACGUUCAUCCUGUAUCUGUUUCUCAAACCAAACAAACAAACAAACAAAACAUGCCUUUGAGAAACAAUAUAAUCGGUUGCAUAAACUUCAUCGCCGUCCUCUUCUCAAUUCCGAUCAUCGGCGCCGGAAUCUGGCUCACCACCGGAACAGUAAACUCCUGCUUCAUGCUUCUUCAAUGGCCAGUAAUAAUACUAGGAAUCUUGAUACUUCUUGUGGGUCUCGCUGGUCUCAUAGGAGGGUUCUGGAGGAUCACUUGGCUCCUCGUUGUUUACUUAAUUGCCAUGCUUGCUCUCAUCGUACUUUUAGGUGUUCUUGUCGGAUUUAUUUACAUGGUUACCCUCAGAGGCUCUGGUCGUCCACAACCAAGCAGAGCUUAUCUUGAGUAUAGUCUUGAAGAUUUUUCUGGUUUCUUACGUCGACGAGUUCACAGAUCUUAUAAAUGGGAAAGGAUUCGAAGUUGUCUGAGUACUACUAGUAUUUGUCCUGACUUAAACCAGAGGUUCACUUUGGCUCAAGAUUUCUUCAAUGCUUAUCUUAGUCCCAUUCAAUCUGGUUGCUGCAAGCCUCCAACAAAAUGUGGCUACACGUUCGUGAACGCUACAUACUGGAUAAGUCCUAUAUCAUUGCAUGUAGAUAUGGAUUGUCUACAAUGGAGCAAUGAUCAAAACACUCUGUGCUACGGUUGUAAUUCCUGCAAAGCUGGUUUGCUCGCAAAUCUCAAGAUAGAUUGGUUAAAAGCAGAUAUUUUUCUCCUUGUGGCGCUUAUCGGGUUGAUAAUCAUUUAUAUAAUCGGUUGCUGUGCAUUACGAAACUCGAGAAGUGAGGAUAUUUUCAGAAAGUAUAAGCAGGGUUAUACAUGAUACUCUGAUACGGAUGGGAAAUUAAGUUGCAAAACUGUUGUGUCCUAAUUUAGUGUCUUUACGUUUUGACCCAUGUAGUCUUUUUUUAAUUUUAUAUAUAUGCACUACCAGAACAUUUUGUGUAACUGGAAGAAUCUUUUGUAAAUAUCUUUGGUUUGGGUUUGCAAAAUUUCGCAUUUGUUAAUAUUAUUAUUAUUAUAUUUGAGUCUGAUAAAAUGAAAUGGGAAUGUGAGAACCUUUUAUGUUGUGUCUUGUAUUACUCCUUGUCUAGCCUCAUUUGCAUCAUCACAUUGAGAAUAUACAAGAAUAUAUACACUUACUAAUUAGAUGACUACAAACCAAAGGCCCUCCUUUGGAGUAAGACCAAUGUUAAAACCAUUUAUGUUGUGUCUUGUAUUGAGCUACUAUCUCUUUUCAGGAUGUCUAAUAUAGAAUAAGAAGCCUUGGAAUGUAACACAACCUCCUGCUUCUUUGCGAUCUAAACUCAUUGCAGUAGAGAUCGGUGAGGGAUACCCUUUCUUGGUCUUUUUCUCAAA